GAGCCCAACUUCAUUGCUGCCUAUGACAUUGGUUUGUUCACUUACUUCUUUUUCCGUGAGAAUGCGGUGGAGCAUGACUGUGGAAAAACAGUCUAUUCUCGUGUGGCCAGAGUUUGUAAAAAUGACAUUGGGGGACGAUUUUUGUUGGAAGAUACAUGGACAACUUUCAUGAAGGCUCGGCUGAAUUGUUCCCGUUCUGGAGAAAUCCCUUUUUACUACAAUGAACUGCAAAGCACAUUUUAUCUUCCUGAACAGGAUUUGAUCUAUGGAGUAUUCACAACCAAUGUAAACAGUAUUGCUGCUUCAGCAGUGUGUGCCUUCAAUCUCAGUGCUAUUACACAAGCCUUUAAUGGACCUUUCCGAUACCAGGAGAAUCCAAGAUCUGCAUGGCUCCCAACAAUCAAUCCGAUCCCAAACUUUCAGUGUGGAGUAUUGAAUGACGAUGGCCCCAAUGAGAAUCUAACAGAAAGGAUCCUGCAGGAUGCUCAGCGCUUGUUCCUAAUGAAUGAUGUGGUGCAACCCGUCUCUGUGGAUCCAUAUGUUACUCAAGACAACAUCCGCUUUUCCAAACUGGUGGUUGACAUUGUUCAGGGCAAGGAUACGCUCUAUCAUGUGAUGUACAUUGGGACAGAGCAUGGCACCAUUUUGAAGGCACUCUCUACUACUAAUAAGAGCCUGAGGAGUUGUUAUUUAGAGGAAAUGGAGAUUCUUCCCGCUAGCCAAAAGGAGCCAAUCCAAAGUCUUCAAAUAUUGCACAGUGGCAGAUCGUUGUUUGUUGGUUUGAAUAACGGAGUGCUAAAGAUCCCCCUGGAGAGAUGUUCAAUGUAUAGAACAGAAGGAGACUGCCUGGGUGCAAGGGACCCAUAUUGUGGCUGGGAUAAAAAGCAAAAGCGAUGCACAACCAUUGAGGACAGCUCCAAUAUGAGCCUCUGGAGUCAAAAUAUUACUGAGUGCCCUGUGAAAAAUUUGAUGGUGCAUGGGCAGUUGGGGACCUGGUCUCCAUGGCAACCAUGUGAACACUCAGAUGGAGAUAGUACAGGUUCCUGCAUGUGUAGAUCACGGUCGUGUAACAACCCUCAGCCACGGUGUGGUGGACGUGACUGUGAAGGAGCCAGGAUAGAGAUUGCAAAUUGCUCAAGGAAUGGAGCUUGGACCCCAUGGUCGUCCUGGGCCCCCUGCAGCACUUCCUGUGGGAUUGGCUUUCAGGUCCGUCAGAGGUCAUGCAGCAACCCUGCUCCGCGAUACGGAGGCAGGGUCUGUGUCGGACAAAGCAGAGAGGAGCGAUUCUGCAAUGAGAACAGUCCAUGCCCAUUACCAAUCUUCUGGUCUUCAUGGGGCCCUUGGAAUAAAUGUAGUGCAAACUGCGGUGGAGGCAUGCACUCUAGGCAGAGGUCCUGUGAGAAUGGAAACUCUUGCCCAGGCUGUGCUGUGGAGUACAAAACCUGCAGCCCAGAGGCCUGCCCAGAAGUCCGGAGAAGCACACCCUGGACCCCUUGGACCCCUACCAAUAUUACUCAAAGUGGGGCCCGCCAAGAGCAGCGCUUCCGUUACACCUGUCGUGCUCAGCUGGCUGACCCCCAUGACCUACAGUUUGGCAGAAAGAAGACAGAGAGUCGGUUUUGCCCCAAUGAUGGCUCCGCAGUUUGUGACACAGAUUCUCUAGUUGAUGAUCUUCUGAAGAGUGGCAAGACCUCUAUCCGGAUUAUCAAUGGUGGCUGGUCCUUUUGGGGUGGAUGGUCAUCUUGUACCAGGGAUUGUGAACUGGGCUUCAGAACCAGGAAGCGAAUGUGCACCAAUCCAGAACCCAAGAAUGGUGGUGUUCCUUGCAUAGGAUCAGCAAUGGAAUAUCAGGAUUGUAACCCACACCCUUGCCCAGUGAAGGGCUCAUGGUCCUGCUGGACUCCUUGGUCUCAGUGCUCAGCAACAUGUGGAGGUGGACACUACCAGCGUACCCGGACCUGCACCAACCCAGCACCAACUAAUGGGGAGGAUAUCUGCAUUGGACUACACACAGAGGAAGCCCUCUGUAAUACCCAUCCAUGUGAAGGAGGCUGGUCUGAAUGGUCUGAAUGGAGUUUAUGCAAUGAAGAAAGCAUCCAAUAUCGUAGCCGUUUCUGUGAAAUGCACAGCCCAGGAUCUAUUCAAUGUGCAGGGAACAGUACACAGUAUCAAGAAUGUCUGUAUAAUGAGAUCCCUGUAAUCCUGCCAGCAUCAAGCAUUGAUGAGAGCACGAACUGUGGAGGUUUUAGCCUCAUCCACCUCAUUGCCACAGGACUCUCCUGUUUCUUUGGCUCUAGCCUCUUAACCUUUGUGAUCUACGUUUACUGUCAACGGUGCCAGAGACAAUCUCAGGAGUCAACCAUUAUCCAUCCCACCACUCCCAAUCAUCUUCAUUACAAAGGCAACACAACUCCCAAGAAUGAAAAGUACACACCUAUGGAAUUCAAGACACUGAACAAGAACAAUUUAAUACCAGAUGACAGGACCAACUUCUAUCCUUUGCAACAAACAAACGUGUACACAACAACCUAUUAUCCCAGUACACUCAAUAAAUACGACUACAGGCCCGAGGCCUCCCCUGGAAGGACCUUUACUAAUAGCUGAUGAUGAUCUGCCUAAGAACUGGAUUACUUCCUAUAUGUUUUUUAUUUUUAAAAUUGAGUUUAUGGACCAAAUAUUGGCCCAAUCUAUAGGUGUAAAUAUUAUAAGUGGGCCUUUUAUUUUCUCUCUUAUCGGUGGUCUUACUUUCAAGUAGCACAUCUCCUUAAGUGGAUCUUCUGCUUAUGGAUAAUGGGUGGUCUAGGAUAUUUGAGGAGUAUUCAGCUAGAGAUAGCAGAUCCUUUACGGAUAUCACAGUUUGAGUUGUCCCUUCGGUGUCUGAUACCAAGAUAAUCCUGGAACCAGCCCUUAUGUGCUAAGUUUGCGUGGAAUGAUAUGACUAUCCAGUACAACUUCGGAAAUUCUGUGGACAUUGAAAGAGAAAUCCUAGCAAAGUGCUGAGACUUAUUCUUCAUAUGCCUACAGGUUAAUAGUAUUAGGAACGUCAUCCAUCAGACAUAUUCAAGAGUUCGGCUUUUAAGCUUCAGAAUCAUCAGCAUUUUCUGUGACAUGGCAAAUAUAUGCAAGCAAUCUUUAGUGGGAAAAAUCCUGUCAAGAUUUAUAAAACAAAUGAGAUAACUUCACACAAGAGAAAUGUUUUGAAGCAUUUCUAAACAAAGUGGUAAGACUUUUAAGUUUGGAUACAUGAAGCAUGGGCUUUGGAUGCACAAAAGAUGGUUGAUUCUCCUGGACAAUAGGAAGAGAGUGAAACAAGAGCCAUGGAAGAUUCUGAUAGAAACUUCCCUCUUCUUGCUUUGAUUCCAGGAGAUUCUUAAGACACCGUUGGACUGAUGGCCCUCUGCCCUUGUUGAAAUUACCAAGCUUUGUGCUAAUGCUGAUUUUAUUUUUUAUAAUUUUUUAUUCACUUGAACAAAGAAAAGAAUAUUGAUUUCAGUAUGUCUCUAAAGAAUGUCUCCAUAGUGUAGCCUAACCCAGAAAGCCUACGGCAAAGUCCUUUAGUGUCUUCCAGCCAAGAAAGAAAUACAAUGUACAUCAGUAGCUGCCAUUGUUCACUAGUAUUGGAGCAAGAAAGAUAAUUAUUCUGCUCCAAUUAAAAUAAACGGGGAUCUGUAGCAUUUUGAAACAAUCCAACCCAGCCUUCAAAGAUUAUCUUUUAUGCUGCGUUACACCAAUGCGUCUAGUCGUGUCAUUUUGGGCUAGAUGAGUCUCUUGUUAAUGAUACUUUCUCAUCAUCUAAUGUAUACAUUCUUGGUGCUAAGCAGUGAAGAUGGCCGCAAUAUAUAUAGCAUGGGAUAAGAAUGUAAGUCAGUUCCUACAUGAAUUCUGAUCUGUUUGCUGUUGCUGGAUUGUCUGUGCUUUAAGCCAUUGGUUUCCAACUCAGGUUGACUAGCAUUGAACACUGAAUGGACAGCUGCUGGUAGUACCUUCAUUAAUGAUCUAUUGGAAGAAUUGUCUGAGAGAUGGCACAGUCCAGACCCUACACCCAAGCAAGAAAGCCAGACUGACAAGUUACUCUAAAAUGACUCAGGAUGCUGUUUUAAAGUGACAAAAUGAUCCAGGGCUGAUACCAGCAUCUCAUUCUACCUUACAGAAUCAGAAGUCAUAAAACAAGCAUUAGUGCCUAAGCUGUGAAAAACCCUGGCUGAGUGCAUGGGACAGAUAUGAUUUAGUGAUUCAGAUAGGAUGUCCUCUACGGAUCUUUCUGUUGGCUAAUGAAAGAGAGUGAUUGGGCAGUCAAAUUGCUACAGGCUCCUAACCCAAACUAAGCCCUUGUAGGAAGGUCAAGUUCCUGUGAGAGCAAACUGUGUACAUUUCACCAGCAGAAGCCGCUGCUUGUGCAGAUCUGUAAUAAUUGGGAUACUUCUUAUUAACUAAUUAACACUUGAGGUCUGUAAGAAAUUGUUGGACGACGGCCAGAGUGAAGCAUUGUUUCAGACAAGAGUUCCAUUUUUUGCCAGAAUUCAUUUUGCAGCAGUAACUGCAAAUUAAGUAUUCAUUAUCCUGUUGUUUUGCUUGAGUUUUUUUGCCAUGUGGGGAUCCAGGUAGAUUUUUUCCAGUGACUUAAAUAGUGGGUUUUCAUUCAUUUUACAUAUUUUUUUUUCUUCAGAUAUCAGAAAUCAUGGCAUAUUUCAGGGCAGGGAUAUUUUUAUGUACUCUAUCGCAAUUCUUUCUUCCCAGGGACCCAAAUGUGAAAAAUGAUAGGCUUUCAAAAAUAAGAAUCACCAUUCUUAAAUCAGUUGCAUAUGCUCCUGAAAAGAAGAAAAUCGAGGGAAGCAGUGGGUAAAAAGUAAUUGGAGCUAUUAACCAUGCAGUGUCUGCUUGAGGGUGGCAUUUUUUCUAGCCCAUGUUAAUGCUUCCUAAUUCACAGGGAAGGCUAUUGACAUGAAUAGUCUUCUGUCUCCCAUGGCUUUAUGCUUUAGGCACAGGCUGCUGGUGUUCUUGGUGAUCAGUCCUUUCCACUGUGGAGGGAUUGUCUAAAUGCUUGCUUUCCCAUGUGCUGACUGCAAUACCAGCGCAAUGGGAAUUUCAUGCAUUUUGCAAACAGCGUUCUCCCUGAAAGAAACAAAGCUCCGGUCCCUCUGUUGGGCAACCAGAUUGUCUUGCCUUUGAUAUGGCAAUAGGCCCACAUGUGUUGAGGUGUACCUCAGUCUUUUGCUGCGUGAGAAGAAAAAAAACACCUCAAAGUAUUCCCACACUUACCAGAUCAUUCUUCAGUGCUGUCCAGAAAGCUGCUUUGGAAUAUCAAUCACAACACCAAGGGAGAGACCGGGGUGGACGUGGGGAUAAUGAAAUUGAAUUUUAAAUUACAUUAAAUGCAAGCUUCUGGGGAACUGGGUCUUAAUAAUCUUAUGGUCAGGCAUCAAGGAGAUGUUUGCAAAAGUCUACUAUUUAAAAAAGCACUAGAAUGAAAGCCAAAUGGAUUAAAGCCUUCCCAUUUCUUACACUUGAUAAUGUCAGCUGCUUAUUUGGGUGACUUUAGGUGGCAUCUGCAAAAUCUAACCAAGCAGCUGUGAAAACGAGUCGCUAAAGCUAGUUGUAACUAAUAGUUAUUUCAAAGGGCUGUACAGAGUCCGAGUAAAUGGCUGAAGGGAGCACCGCAGCCAUUCAGGUGUUUAGAAGUGAGAUUUGAAACUUUUCAUUAAUUCUGAUCUUCACUUGAUAGUUUGUUUCCUUCAUUAGAGAGGAAUUGGAAGAGGGAGGGAGUUUUUCAUAUUUGGAUAGGACGGUCUAUUAACACCUUUCUUUUUCAUAAUUAACUUCUGUGAUCUUUUGGGUGUGGGAAAUUAUUGCUAUACGUGUUUCAUUAUGGAUCAUUAUCUUAUUACAUUAGCUUUUAAUAGGUACGGUUUUUAGAGAUUUGGCAAUUUGCUAUUACACACUCUGGUUCAGCAAUUCCUUACUGGCAGCUCUAAAAACUUUCUUCCCAGAAGAGCUGAGUCGUGUAAAUGGAAUUGACAGCUCCUGCUGCUGCCAUCCUUCCAAGGAAGCCAUAUUGACAGGAGAAUGUGAACUGUGCAUCUUGGGAAACCUUCCAGGUUCUGAAUUGGAGCCAAAGGGUCCAGUGAGUCAAAGGAGGAAGAGCUGAUCAGCCUGUUACAAGACUGUCCUUCAACAGUUUCUCUGUGUUCCUGUGGUUUUCUUCAGUGGUGUCUUCUUCUAUCACGAUAGGAAUACGGAGCAUGUUUACACUGAUAAAGCAACCAAGCUUCAUCACAACUCUAUGCCAACCAUGUACUUACUCUGCUGUCUAUUUCUGCCAGGGCACCAAAAUGCAAUGUGGGUCAUUUGUGUUGUCUCUUCUCUAACUUGAGGAAAUACGGUCUCCUUUGCUGAACUGUCGUGACGCCAUCCUGAACUGCCCGCUGGUCUAGAGACUGUUCCAGAGCACGAUCCCGAAUUAACUGCUGGGUUCAUUUGAUGCGUAUCGUUCUUAAAUAAAGAUGCCUAGUAUCGCGGGAUUAAGAAAAACCUGGAGAAGGAAAUGUCAUUCCAAGGGAGAAUGCGUAUUUCUAUGACUCACCCACAUCCGAGAUACACAUGUAUACCUAUUGCCUUAUUUUUUUUUUUAGAGAAUGAUACAUUAAAUUAAGAUCUAUAUAA